AUGCCUCGAGAAGUCAAGAAGAGAGGAAGACGAGCCGCCGCCAAGCGAGCCGAGGAGGAAAAGGAAGACGUUGACCUUAAGGUCUAUGAGAACGACGAAGACUACGUCACUUUUGAUGCUGACGGAGGAGUGGCUGGAGGUCAUGAUGAUGAAGAGAACGAUGGCUACGACAAUGAGACCCCCUACAACCCUCUGGAUCUCAAGCAGAUGCCAUUUUUUGGAUUCCUCGAUGACCAGGAGUCAGAGUACUUUAAAACCGCCGAGUCCACUUUGGCCGUCGAUGCUUUUGGGUCACCCGAAGAGAAGCUGGGAUUCAUCUCUGGUUUGCUGGACGAGGCUCGAGGAAAAGAGCUUAAGCUGGUGACGAACCAGAUUUGCUCCAAGCUCAUGGAGCGACUGAUCUUGCUGGCCAACGACGAGCAGAUCCGGGCGUUGUUUGAGGUGUUCUCCGGCUACUUUGUGGACCUCAGCAGACACAAGUACUCUUCCCAUUGCGUGGAGACUCUGCUGGUGCGAGGAGCCGCCAUUGUGGAGAAGGAGGUGCUAGACCCCAACUUUGAUGGCGACAGCGAGGAUUCUAUGGAGAAGCGGUUCUUGACCCUUGCAAACGACAUGAAGGACUACAUCCAGGACCUCAUUUCCAACCCUUACGCUUCGCACGUGAUUCGAGUGCUGUUGCUCAUUCUCGGAGGCCAGACUCUGCCCUCUCCCACAAGUUCCGAGGGCAACUCGUCGGUGCUGCGAUCGAAAAAGUCGCGAACCGCCCGACGAAAUAUUGACAUUAAGGACUCGGAGGAGAAUGACCGAGCAUACCAGAUUCCCGGAGCCUUCCACGAUGCUCUGGAGGCCAUUGUCAGCGGCUUCAGCAAACGACUCAAGCCCACUGCUGCUCGAGAGCUAGCUAUUGGACAGGUUUCUUCGCCCGUGGUCCAACUGCUGAUUGACUCUGAGGCUACCACUUCUGAGCAGCGACCUCUGUUGAACACCAUCUUUGCCGACACCGAAGAUCGAGACUCCUCUGAGGAGGCGUUUGUUGAGCACCUUCUGUCCGAUGCUGUGGGUUCGCACUUUCUCCAGAACGUGCUUCAGAAGGCCCCUGAGGCCUUUGUCGAGCGACUCUACAGACUGUACAUGUCUCAGCGAGUGCAGAAGUUGGUGCGACGAGACUACGCCGGAUUUGUCAUUGAGACCUGCAUGCAGCGUCUUCCCGAGGCCGACGUCCACCACAUUAUUGAUACUGCCAUGGGAGAAAUUCCCUAUCUGGUGGAGAACAACAACCUGACCAUGGUUCGAAUUCUGCUUACCCGAGCUGCUGCUGCCAACUACAAGGCAACCGACGUUGCCAAUGCGGUGCUCAAGACAUUUGAUACAGACUCCACCGACCCCAAGCUCCUACAGAAGGUGCUUCAGCUGGACGAGAAGAACCCCUACAAACCCCAUGAGGCUUCUUCUCCCGGUCUGCAUAGAUGUCUGGUGCUGCAACAACUGGUGGAAGCUUCUCCCGAGGUGCUUGCUACCGCUUUCGUGGGACUCAACUCUGGCGAUGUCGAUGUCAUCAAGAUGGCCAAGCACCAGUCGUACUCGCGUCUGCUGGAAAAGUGUCUGCGGCCGUCCAUCAACACGAUCGAGCGACGAAAGUUCCUCAACAAGAUCAACGGCCAGUGCGUCGAUCUUGCCCGAGACCCGUUUGCAUCACACGUUAUGGACCGGCUUUGGAACUUCACCUACAAGAUGAACAACUUUAGAGAGAAGAUUGCUAACGAGCUGGUGGCCGACGAAGAUCUCAAGGAAAACACAUAUGGAAAGGCGGUCUGGAGAAAUUGGUCGCUGGACAAGUUUCUGCGACGAAAGAGUGACUGGUGGGUGACUCUCCAUGCCACUGAUGACGCUUUAGCCAAGGAGUACGAGGAGCUCGGAAUCCCUCUGGACGCCAAGUCUCUGGCCAAUCCUGGACAGAAGCGAUUUGGCCGAGGUGGAGCCCGAAUCAUCACUCGAGGAGGAGGAACUUUCCCUCGAGGAGGAGGUCGGGGCCGAGGAGGUUUCCGAGGAGGUCGAGGCGGGGCUCCCCGAGGAGGAUUUGGAGGCUCUGAUCGAGGAGGAUUCAAGCGAGCCAACGGAGGAGAUGGAGAAGACGCCUCUGGAGACCGAUCUCGAAAGAAGGUCCGAAACGAGUGA